AUGUUUGCCUCCAAGGUGCUUAAGGAGGGCCCCCCACCUGGAAGCAAAUUUUCAUCGGUGGACAGCAUGAUUCUUGAUGCCGAUGGUUUUCCUGGAGUGUACCCCGAGCACAAGUAUGAUAUCGUGAAAAAAUUACAGAGCCUGGGUCACAUGCUCGCCCGUGCCAAUGUCGGAAUCGCUGUUAAUGAGGGUGCUACUGAUGCCGCCAGAGGAGCCGCAGACAUUGUCCUCACCGAGCCCGGUCUAUCAACCAUCGUACACGCCAUCCGACAGUCCCGAAUCCGAAUGAGGAACUAUUCCAUCUACGCAUGCGCUGUCACCAUCCGGAUUGUUGUUGGCUUUGCUAUCAUGGCUUUUGCCUUCCAGUUUGAUUUCCCCCCCUUUAUGGUCCUGGUCAUUGCUAUCUUAAAUGACGGAACUGUCAUGACCAUUUCACUUGAUCGCGUAUUACCCAACAGCGAACCUGAUCACUGGGACCUGUUUUCAAAUACGGCCAACAGCGAGGCAACAGUUUGA